AUGAGCAUUGAGAGCGCCUUUUACGCCUUUGCCUCCUUUGGUGGUGCGCCCACGAAAGAGAUGGACAAUGCUCACUUCUCCAAGAUGCUGAAGGAGACGAAGGUCAUUGGAAAGCAAUUCACCAGCACCGACGCCGAUCUUCUCUUCAACAAAGUGAAGGCAAAGGGAGCCCGCAAAAUUACAUUGUCGGAUUUUGUUGACAAGGCUGUUCCUGAGAUUGCAUCAAAGUUAAAGAAGUCCGCGGAGGAAUUGAUCGCAGAUAUUUCAAGUUGCUCUCCCGAGGCACGCGCAACCAAGGCCGAUGCAGUGAAGUUCCACGACGAUAAGAACAUGUACACUGGUGUCUACAAGGCCGGCGGGCCAACAAACGUGGAUCGCAACUCCGGCUCCCUUUCAGGUGUCGUGGAUCGCCGUGUGGCGCAGACUGACGUUCGUGGCACGACUGCUUCCCAGAAGUAA